UAAAAAGAGGACCUAAUAUGUGACAGCUACUCUGUGAGGUGUCCUCAGACUUACAAAAUGAAUAUCUUCAAGGCUCUAUUUCUCUUGGCUGCGGGCCUCUCUGUUGUCCAGUCUUUGGAGAACAAGGCAUUGAACCAGUUUAGAGCUAUGAUCCUGUGUGUGAUGCCUGACAGCUGGCCUAUUUUUGACUACGCUGACUAUGGCUGCUACUGUGGAAAAGGAGGCUCUGGCACACCUGUAGAUGAUCUGGAUAGGUGCUGCCAAGUUCAUGAUCAGUGUUACAGCGAUGCCAUGCAGCAUUCUGAGUGCUGGCCAAUCUUUGACAAUCCUUACAUCAAGCUCUAUCACUACAGCUGUGAUGAGAAAAACAAAAAGGUCACCUGUGGCGAGAAAAAUGACGAAUGUGAGAUGUUCAUCUGUGAGUGUGACAGGAAGGCCGCCGAGUGUUUUGCGAGAUCACCCUGGAACCCUGAACAUGAACAUCUGCCCAGUGACCAGUGUCAGUAAACACAGCUAAGAUCAAUUGGUAAAUCAUUUGGUUAAUUUGUCAUGGAUUCUAGAUAUACUUAAGAAUACUUAAAUAUUAUACACUCAUGCAAGCACACAUCAUGAUCUCUGUAUAGGAGUACACUGUGAUUUUGAUGAUUCAACCAUCCACCAUGUCCUAUGUUCUGAAUCACUUGGGGAACUCUUAGGUUUGUAAUUGUAGAAUUAGUCUGGUAAUAAAUAGCCCUGGAACCAGAUGAAUCUGCAAGUAGAUGUUUUAUUUGCUCUGGCAGCAGUGGUGCUGCCAAUUGGGAAAAGGGGGGCCACAUCCAUCCUGAUACAAUCAUUGCACCUGUACCUGCAUUAGUCUACAAACAUCAAAUAAUUAGUUCAAAAAAAGAAAUACAUUUGUCAUUUGUAAAAUUAAUUGAAAAGAAAAAGUUUAUUAGUCUGUGAUUCCUUAACUCACAUAUUGACACUGCAACUGCAACAACAUAACUGAAUUCCUGAAAUUCAAUGUUGGCUUUUGGUUUUGGUGUGCCACCCCAAAAUUUUCAGUUGCCCCUUGGCGAAUGCAUCUGGUCCCUGUCAGAUAGCAAAAACAGCAAUGCUGGUUUACAGACAUAUUGAUGCUACACCAUCACAGCUCAUCUCUGUAGUCUGUUUUACAUUUGUACGGUGCUUGCUUAGCGCUACGUCACCUGUGACAUUGCUCUGAUUGGUUGUGGGUAUAUCCAGUUUCCAUUUGGUAAUGGCUGUUAUUAACAUUUUCUAACUGGUCACAAUGCACAGAUGGGAGAUGUUUGUCCUGAUAAAUCUACUCAUCUUAACCGAGAAAUCCUUUUUAAGUAGAAAGGCAUCUAAGUGAAUGUCUUCCAGCAGCAUGCAAUGUGAACAAGUUGACAUCCGAAUGUCUUUGUUUUACCUAUUAAAGAUGACCUAACCUGCUCCAUGCAUCAGCAAA